AUUUGCCUGAUAUCAAGGUUGCUGUCUUCUAUGGUGGUGUCAAUAUCAAGGUUCACAAGGAUUUACUAAAAAAUGAAUGCCCUCAUAUUGUUGUUGGCACACCUGGAAGGAUAUUGGCACUUGCCAGGGAUAAAGAACUUAGUUUGAAGAAUGUGAGACAUUUUGUCCUUGAUGAGUGCGACAAGAUGCUUGAGUCACUUGACAUGAGGAGAGAUGUGCAGGAAAUAUUCAAGAUGACACCUCAUGAUAAGCAAGUUAUGAUGUUUUCUGCAACACUUAGCAAGGAAAUAAGGCCUGUUUGCAAGAAAUUUAUGCAAGACCCAAUGGAAAUUUAUGUAGAUGAUGAGGCCAAGUUGACUCUUCACGGGCUUGUACAGCACUACAUUAAACUUAGUGAGAUAGAGAAAAAUCGCAAGUUGAAUGACCUUCUUGAUGCCCUGGAUUUCAACCAAAUUGUCAUUUUUGUCAAAAGUGUCAGUAGAGCAGCUGAGCUGAACAAGCUGCUAGUAGAGUGUAAUUUCCCCUCUAUUUGCAUCCACUCUGGAAUGUCACAGGAGGAAAGGCUGACACGAUACAAAGGUUUCAAGGAGGGGCAUAAAAGAAUUCUUGUGGCAACAGAUUUAGUUGGACGGGGAAUUGAUAUUGAACGGGUUAAUAUUGUUAUCAACUAUGACAUGCCAGAUUCUGCUGACACCUACUUGCAUAGGGUGGGUAGAGCAGGUCGAUUUGGCACCAAGGGGCUUGCAAUUACUUUUGUCUCAUUGGCCUCUGACUCUGAUGUCCUUAAUCAGGUUCAGGCAAGGUUUGAGGUGGACAUAAAGGAGCUUCCUGAAUCAAUUGAUACUUCUACAUACAUGCCAUCAUGAUGGAAGUCAUGAUUGCAGAUGCUUGAACAUUGUUGGCGAUUAGGCAAUCUGGGAGGGAAAGAUUGUGCUGGAAACUGUAGGAUAUCCUUGUUAUAGUUCUAAUACUUGGUGAGGGAAACAACUGAUUCAGUUGUUUAUUUGUUUCUGAUGGUAUUGAUAACUUCAGUUAGUACCCGAUAUACUGAAGGUAGCGGUGCACCAGGAGACUGACAUUUCGCUGAAUAUCCGCAAAUAACAGAAAUUUUGGUGCUAGCUGGACAUUUUUGAGGUUGUAUUUGUCAUCAAGAUAUUUCUAUUUUUAUUCAUUUCGAUUUGGUUUACCCCUGUUCUUGCACCAGCGUGUUGACUUCGCAAUAGAAUGAAAGUAAUUAGUUGACAACUUUUAUGGACAAGAAGUUCUUACCAUAUGAUGUGGAAUUUUGUUUUUAAAGGGUGUGUGAUGUACUCAUUUUUAUGUUACUCAUUCUGUUUCAAUCAAAAUAAGUUAUUGUUGUUGUUGGUUUUUUCUUUUCUUUCUUUGUUUUUUUUUUUUUUUUAAUAAAUAAAAUAAGAAUUU